GUUCCACAUUUUCGAAAAUAGCGCUCCCGAUGUCUGUAUGGGAUGAUCACAUUCAUGCGACUAAAAAGUUCAAACACAGUGAAUCCAAUGAGGAAUCAAAUGGAAAUCAUGACAAGCGCAAACAAGUUGACGCACAUGUUCAAGCUUUCCUCAAGGCUGUGCUUGACCAUGCCCAUGGUGGUACUGUCCGGCAGACAAACAAUCCAAACAAAAAAGAUAAAUCUGUGAUAAAAAAGGAUGCUUUCACUCAGACAGACGAACAGAAUGACUUUGACUUUGAAUCGUGUUCGUACUAUCCAGAUCAGUCAGUUUCUGAAUAUAUGGGUUGCAACAAAAAUGAACAAAGUAGUCGAGUUCCUAAUCGAGAAAUGUACAGCGAGGAAGCGUUAAAUUUACUUUCCCAACAGAGUUUUUAUUCUGAAGAAGCACAAAACGAUCUCUCUUUGAAUGACAACUCCAUCCACUGCUAUUCCACUCAAGGUGAAACUGGUCUCUUAAGUCAUGGUGUUAGUAACAAGGGUACCCGCAUUUCUUCCAAUAAGAUCAAGAGGGCAAUAGACGAAUGGGUUAAAAAAUAUGAAGACUGGUUUUUUCAAAACUUUGGAAUGGAUGUACGAACGGCGUCCCAUUCAAUUGAAUCAAAACCUGAAACCGAACUCAAACAAAGUUCAGAAGCAAUUAUUGGUGCUCAAACACUGUUCAACACCAAUUCAUCCGAUUCUCAAAUGCUAAAUCCUUGCGUUGUAUCACACGCGCCUGUUAGUUAUUUCAUCCCAGAGGGUUCGUUGUGCACAAUCGAUGGUAGAUUUUCACCAUACUACUCCCUCGUCCCUUCAUUUUACCUUUCCCCAACUCUAAGCAACGCUCCCCUUGGUUUACACUCUAAUGUGACAGCUUUCAACUUCGGUGUUGGUGUAUCGCUGUAUCCAAAUCACACAUUUAUCCCUACCACCAUUAAUACAACCAUGUCUAAUGCAGUCGUUUCAUACUCAUCGAAUUUCGCCAACCAGCUAGGUGCUUCUACAGUGUCAUUUCCACCAAACGUAACCAGCACUACUACAACGUGCAAUACAACGAGCUUUCACGUAGGUACAUCCUUUCCUAUACCUCCGACUAUUCAACAAAAUCAUUGCAUCACUUCCUUCGCAGAUCUACCCAGUGAGUUACAAACAUCUGCAAUGCUUGCCACUUUAGCCCUCCCAGUUGCUGACAGUCAACAUAGUUUAGGUCAGUGGGGACCACAUUUAAAAUAUGGUACUUAUGGUCGGCUCCCAUCUCCCCUGGACCUACAAGCUUUCGAUUCCCAAAGGAAGUUAUCUGAGUUCGGACAAAAUAAAGCGAAUCAAUUAUCUUAUUCAUCGCCUGAUAUGUCAAACAUAUCUCCUACUCCUAAUAAAUCAGUGAAAAUGCCUCCUCCACCUCCCACCUUCAUUCUUUUAAGAAGACAAGCCAUGGUCUGUGCACUCCAGCUAUGUUGUCGGGAGCGUGGAAGCGAACUAUUUCUUCGUGAAAAAGAAAGUUGUAGUGGCUUAUUCAUUGACUUUGUGAAGGAACUAGCCCAAGUAGUUGAAUCCAGUAUUGGCCUUCAACCCACAUAUGUUUUUACGAAAAUCACAGAUCUUCCCCAGAGGGAACGUUCUUUUUUUCUGACUCCUGAAGUUCAAAAAUAUCCUCAAAAUCACCUAUCCCCUAUUUCAAAUACUGAAAAAGCGUUUGAUAUCAAACAAUUAAUUGCUUGUGAUCUUUUGAUUGGAGAUGUGCUAAUUGCAGAAUCACUUUCAGCGUCUAAAUCCCUUGCACAAAUCUGCACUGCACGACAGGCCUUUCAGAUUUUAUCUCGUCCUUGUUUCCUCGUCGGAUCUGUACGCCAAUGGGAGGAGGUUGAAUACUUGGUUUUAUGUUUAAGUCCGAAAGCCGAAAUAGUUCCUAAACUGUCUCCAUUUCUCAAGGACCCUUUUGAAUCCAACUUCGAAAAGGAUAGUGAAUUUGAAGGUGAUGAGAGCAUCAUCACAGUUUUCACCCCUAAACCAUUUGAUGAUAUGUGGAUUUACCUAGCACGACUUCCAAAAGAAAAUUUAUAUGAUCAGGUCCAUCUAGAGAGAAUUUUGGCCCAGUCUGCUGAAUUCAGUCAAAUGCUCAUCAGCUUUGAAUUUGAAGUGCAAACAACCACUGGUCAAAUUAUUUGUAAUACAUUAAUUGAUAAUCAACGUUGUCUAAGCGUUGAAAGUCCAGAUCUUCAUGGUGCUCAACAAUCGGCAAUGAGUAGUUUGCUGAAUAAAUUAUGUGCUACUCAACCUGUGGUUGGUUUAGUAUUCUCACGGGAAGAAGAAUUCGAAGAUGACACUACUUCGUCUCUUUGGGGAAUUCCUGAACACGUCAUGGUUGAAAAUCUCAUGUGGGGUAAAGAAGAACUGGAUUCACCAAUACAUUUUGAACAACUAGAAGCACACUGUGAAAUUCCAACUCUAUCUCCAACACAUCUUAAUUGUGAUGGCGCAGAUACUAAUAACAAUUAUGAUGGAAUAAAUUGUACUAAUCGAUUUUCGUCGCCUAUCAUAAUAGAAAACUAUCUUCAAGCGUAUGCUGCUUCAGCUUUAGUCUCACCGAUUUGUAUAUUUCCUACUGUCGUUCCCAACAAUCUCUGGCCAGUCGUACAACAACAUGCUAGGCGUUGGGGUUUGUUAAGUCGUGUGGAAGUUAAACGUAAUCCGGAUCCUUCCAGUUGUGUUAUCGUUUGUAAACGAGUCCCACUCUCUCGAUUAAAAAGAUCACUAUAUGAUCAACAACAAUAUGGUUGCUUUCAUCUAAUUGAUAAAGGCAAUCUUACAACUGAGGCUUUAAAGCGUUUAUAUCAAGCUGAUCCACUUUGUUUUAGUGAAGAUGGUUCAACAACAUCAAACGAUAACGUUCAAUCAUCUGACCAUAUGACUAAUUCCAACUUAUUAUCUUCCUCACCACCAACGUAUUUUAGAACAUCAGACGAGUACAAUGAUGAACCAGUUACUCGUUAUGCUCGUGAAUUCCUUUCUACAUAUAAAACACGCAUCAAAAAAGAAUCUAAUGAAGAUAAUUGUAAUCUAAUCAAUGAUGAUUGUGUACUUGUAACAGCAGAACUUAAUCAACCAUCAAAUGCUAUCGAAAUAUUAGAUGAUCUUCCUAAAACACUUAUACCGGGUAUAGAUUUUUAGUACUUGUCAAAUUAAACAAAAAAACUAGAUCUUUCAUCAGUUUUAGAUAUUUUUGACACCCGGUACAAUUUCUUAAACUAUUUUUUUCUGACUAUUUCAAUACUAACAAAUUGAAGAGCAUUUUAAAAAAAAAUAGUUUUGCAUUUAUUCCAUUAUACUUUAGUUCUCCCAGUGUUCAUUCGUAUCAUCAUCAUCUUCAUCAUCACAAUUAUUGUUUUGUACAAAUGAUUUGUUUGUUUUUUUCCCCGGCAAUUGUGGAUCAUCUAUCAAAUCAUGAUAAUAAUUUUUCUUGAUACAUUGUUCUUUUUCUUGUUAUUUUCUUUUUACAUUUGUUUUUUUUAUGUGCGAGUUGUUUCGCUGCUUUCCCUCACAUUACAGGAAUGAUUCAUACGGUAAACAUGUUUAUCGGAAUUGUCAUGGCUAAUAUUUCUAAAAGUAGUUUUUGUAUGAUAAGAUGCCAAAUGACUAAGAAUUCUGUUUGUUUUAUUUGUGCUAUUUAUUUUACUGGAAAUCCAUGGUUUUGUGUGAUUCUGACUAUGCUUUACAUUCAACUAUCCAACGUAAAUUGGAUGAUAUUGAAUAUCGGCUCAUAUUAUUAUUGUUAUGGGUCCAGUUUUCUUGUCACCACAAGUACACUUGUCUAAGAUGCUUAUAUAUGAUAGUUUGUAUUGACACAGGUUACCGAUAAUCAAGAUAAGGGUACGAUUUAACAGCAUAUUAAAUAAUAUAACUAAGAUCACGUGUUAAUGAGUUUAACCAAAUAAAUUAGAUCACCGUAUUCACGAUCUAAAUUCACUUGACUCAACACGCUACUACAGAUAUUCUAUAUGUAUUCUAGGGUAGAAAUUUACAAUAUUUUGAAAGUCGACCAUAGUAGUUCAGUUUUUUUCGUGUUUUCAUUCGAUGGGGCAAUCGUUUGACUGGUUACCGUAACUUUUCUCACCAUAACAUCUAAUAAUGAUCAUUUAAGUGUAGACGAAGAUAUUUCCCAGAUAUUCUAUGUAUACUUCCAAAAUAAUCUAUCAGUAUUUUUCUCUUCCAAACAAAAUAUUAAUAUUAACGUCUAAUAGCAUCUCUUAUACCGAGUGAAAUCAACUGUGUCAAAUAUUUUAUUGAUAUCAUUCGAAUGAUCUGUGUCGGCAAUACCUUAAAAUAAGUAGAUUGUGAAUAUGAUAUAGAAAUGAUACUCAAUAGUAAGUGAAAAGUUAUUAUCUAAAUCUCACUACUGUAGAAUCUCACAUUAAUUGUUAAGCAAGUCAACUGAAUUCUCAGCUUUGGUGUUUGUAAUAGAUGUAUGAGAUGAAAUGACUAGGAUCAUAAAAAUAACAUUGUCACCAAAUUCGAAAAAUCACAGUAUUUGUUGAAAGUAGGAGAUAUCUACAUUUUUGGUUAGUCACAAGCAAAUGAAUAGGGUUAAUUGAACAAAUUUCAAACCCUUAGAAGCUUGAUCCUCGCCUUAUUGAUGAGCGUGUUUUUUUUUCAGUCAAGUCCUUAUUAGUGCGGACCAGUUUACGGACAUCAAACAAUUCACUGUUCUGUGUGUAAACAGGGACAAAUUCGAAUGGUGUGAAAAAUCGAUGAGGACAAUUAUGACUUGUUCCUAAUUCACAUCUCGUAUAUAAAAUGGAUGCAAAAUUAAAGGAGUUUGAUUAAAAAUAUGAUUAUUCUAGUUCACACGUAUGAUGUUUCCCAAAAAUAUCACGGAAUCGAGUUUCAUGUUGGAAACUCGUCUAAUCUAGGGAAAAGUAUUUUCAACUAAUUAUUCAGCCAAGUUUUCCAUUUGAAGUUGAGAGUGUAGACUUUAGUACUGCCACGUAAUGACUCGAUGGUUUUAUGCUCACUAUGCGUCAUGAAAUUCUUGAAGUUAUAUAUGUGUGCACCGCUGUAUGGUCUGUAAAUAAAAGCCAGAAUCUCUCGGUUUUGUUAAUUUUCGGGAUAAACCUAUCCCUAACUUAAACAUGAUCUCUACAAGACACAUUGAAUAAGUUAUCUUCAAAAUGAUGGAGUGUGUAGAAAUUUGAAUUUCACUUCAGGAAGUUAACUUUUCCAAACUCAUGUAUUGAAAGAAGAAUAUCAAAUCAAAUUAUGAGCUCAUGCAUACAAUAUGUUUCUCUGAAGUGUUAUAUUCAAGAAGUAUAUUUUAUAUUCAUGUGUAUGUAGGUGGUGGCGAGCAAUUUUAGGAUUUGAAGUGUGACUGAUUCAAUCUAUAGGUUUGUUUUGCAAGAGCAUGUGUGAUUAUCUAAAUCUCGCGGAUAAGGCGUUUUUCAUUGGUGGCAAAAGGAUUCAACGCUUUAGGCAUGGGUUAUCUGGUCGGAGUCUGCAUAUAGUAAUCCUAACUAAUGGCUAUGCACUAGAGACUAUGACUCAUCUUCGUUCACUGUUCGUUUUUAUUCUGAAUGAAGUUCCGGAAUCUCCAUAUACCUUUUCUUUUGUUUUCUACACCGAGUCUUUUUUUACUACUCUGGUAUUUGUCUGAAGAUUUUAUCUCCAUAUUUUAACUUGUUAUAGCAACUUGAACCGAUUCACAUAUCUCACGUUCUACGUUGCACAUAACUGAAAGGCUAUAUAUGAACUGUGGUGUGGGCUACUUAUAUCCACAUAAGUAGUAUAUGACAAUUGUCGGGCAUUUAAUGUAUUUCGUAGAAGAUCGGUAAGGAAAGAACGGGAACGCAAUUGGUAUGAAAAUAAUCGGAGACUAUGGACUGAUAUUUGCCGAAGGACCAGUCAAGAUUGAGACAAUUGAUU